GAAGAGGAGGAAGGAGGUGUUUGUUGAUGUGUGCUACUGUCAAUUCCUGAGCAUGGUGGAGCGCAGGGUGUCUGUCUCCCCAAAUAAGACAGUAGAUUAUUCCUCAAAGGAUGAAAACAAGAAAACCCCACGACCGAAAUCCAGGAUGAUCAGAAGUCCAGGGCAAGUGUUACGCAAGGUGCUGCUGUUUGUGUGCUUCAUCCAGGUGGUAGUGACUGUCUACCUUGCCUUCUGUAUCUACAACUCUGCCUUCUCCACUCUCAAAGGAAUAAAGAGUCUGCCAAAACUUGAGGAUACACAACGCUACAUUCAGCCCCAAAAGGAAAGCCAUCAAAAGGUGGUUCUAGAUUUUGAUAUUGGAAAGCAUGAGGCAGACAUUGUACUGGCAGAGCAGGAGAUGAGGCCCCAUGAGGGUCAGGAGGCUGUGGUGCAGCUGGGGGAUGGCGAAGGCUCUGGGAAACAGGUGAGGCUAAGGAGGCUGCCUGUGGUGGAGCUGUGGAGCAAGGCAGCUAUAGGCAGCUACCUGUGGCACCACAUCCUGGAGGGUCCAGAGAGCCUGGAUGACAACAUCCAGGGAGCCACUGUGGGGGAAUUACAGAUGACUGCCUUUGUGCUCAGGUAUAGAUCAGGUCCUGGCAUCACCCCGGAGACUGUGCCUGAAGAUGUGAGGAGUCUGGUUCUGGUGGUGAACGGCCGCACUGACGAGAAGGUGAAGGAGGCUCGGCUUUGGCUGGACCACUUGCAGGCUCAGAAUGCACCACCAACCACCAUCCUUGUCAUGCUGGGCAAUGAGCAAUGUGACAAUGGGUGGGUGACAAGCUAUUUGGCCCCAAAAGGAGUGGUAGUGGCAGUGCUGGUAACGUAUGACGAUCCACGAGUAGACCAGCACACCUUCCAUCAGUGGCCUCUUGGGGUUGCUACUUACAGGCAGUUUCCUCUCAUAAAAGAAGAGCAAAUUUCUCCUGAAACUCCAAGGAAGUAUAUGUGCAACUUUAGAGCAACAAUUUAUCCCAACAGCAGCAGGUCUGAAUUGUACAAGUUUUUGAAGAACAACACACUUACUUCUAGUCAGUGUCAUAUUAAAGUCAGGGAAAGUUGGGUGUCAAAUGAGAGUCCCAAUGCCAUGGAUGAAUAUGUGCAGUCACUCCUGGAUUCAGAUCUCACAUUGUGCCCAGCUGGAAUGAAUACUGAAACUUACAGGGUGUAUGAGGCACUGGGGACAGGAAGCACUCCAGUGGUUGAGGAAGUGAUGACAAAGGGACACUGUGCAGCCAGUCCCUGGAGGUUGCUGAAGAGGCACGAUCCUCCCAUCAUCUGGGUCAAGUCGUGGGAUAACCUGGGAAAAGUUCUCGCCAAAGAACGCAGAUACAGCAAGCAAUACAAAGCGCUGCGACGGCUGCGUGUGUUCCAGUGGUAUGAGUGGUUCAAGCUCAGGAUGAGAGACAGUUUUGUUUCCAUUGUCACAACAUCCCUCCUCCAGCCCGGCUAAUGUCAGUCAAGUCAAAUAGGUAUGGUAGGUAUUACGCACACACUUCAAAUUUCAGACACAGGGUUUUGAAAAUGGCAGUCAUGUUGGCAAGCUUCUUACUCUGUUUUUAUCUGUGAUAAUGCACCAGCAUAACUAGUUGGUCAAGAGAUUACUUUGGUCACUAUGCUUACAGGGAACUGUAGGAUAGAGGUUUACCAUUGUAUUGAGACCCCACCACACUUCUCAAACAGAAGAGCUUGUGUCUGUCUCCUCCCAAAGUUUAGAAUAGUCUGUAUAUAGAGUUGCAACAACGAAUAGCUACAUAUAUGAUAUGAGGAGGAUAGGAAAAUAUUGUUGAGCAUUCAUGUAUUGCCUUUUAGUUUGAGGGUUAUUUCAAACUGUCUUCAGCAGUUUGGUUUAUAAUUGCAUUCUGUUUUCUUUUAUCUCAUACAGAUGCUCAUGCACAAACUAACACAUAGAAAAAAACAGUCGGCAUACAUGAGUGGCAAAAUUGUACACUAGAUGCUUAUCUACUUGUUUACCAUUUUGGCUUGAAAAGUAAUUUUUUUGUCUUUCUCUUCACUAUGUAGUGUUAAGGUGUGAGGCUCAUAAAGAUGAAUUUGAAACACAGAGGUGUGCUGAAUGAUGGACUCAUUACAGUGAAAUCAUUUGAAGUCAUUCAGUGUCUCAUAUCUUGAAAAUGUUACUGAUGAUGUCUUUACUCGUGGAAAUCAGUAUUAUUUGAAUUUAUUCACCUUUGACUUGUAAGAGCUAUUCCACAGAAUCAAUUGUAAUGAUAAGUCAAUUUUAUUUAUUUAUUUACGUUUUUUUUGUGUGUGUAUGUAUAUAUGUAUGUAUGUAUGUGUAUGUUUUUUUUUUUUUUUUUUUUUUUUUACCUAUGUAAUUAUAUUUUUUACUUGAUUUUAUUUUUCUAGUAUUGUGUCAUGAUGGUAAUGUCAUAUCUUUUAAGGUUGAUUUUUCUCAUUCAUCUUGAAAGCUAUGAAUGUUCAUUGUACACAGCUUUGUCAGUCAAUGAAUUUUGUUUGUUUUGUUUGUUAUUGUUAUUGACAAGUCUUAUAUAUACUGUAUAUACAAACAAAAUUGAAGACUAUAAUAUGACUCUAAAAGGAAAUAAUAUAUGCUCAUACUAAAUGUUUCCGUAAGGAGAACAUAUAUACAUGAACUAAACAGUACGGGUUAAUGUUAUUGUUGGUUCAACAUUGGAUUGGGUACUAGACUCAAGUUACCAGUGCUGGUUACAACUAAUUUUUUUCUCGUGAUUCUUAUACUUUCUUUAAAUGCACAUUCUAGAACACUUGGGACAUUGCACUGAUCAAUAUUGCAAGAUACACUUGGGUGUCUUUUGUCUUUGGAGCGUUGCCUACCAAGAGAGACUGAGGGGCAUAUCUGGUACUGCCACCAGUAUGUGCUGACAUGCACCAAAACGUAAUGAUGAUAAACAAUUUAUUAAUGUUGCAGAGGUGACUGAUAAUAUAUAAUGGUGUGUGUGUGUGUGUGUGUGUGUGUGUGUGUGUGUGUGUGUGUGUGUGUGUGUGUGUGUGUGUGUGUGUGUGUGUGUGUGUGUGUGUGUGUGUGUGUGUGUGUGUGUGUAAAGAAUACAUCUUACAUUUGCACUUUUAAAUACAUUUGAUGACAUAAUUAAUGAGAAAGUAAUUAUUAUCUUCCAUUAUGGAUUUGCAUUGCUGCAGUGUUUGCAGGAUAUUCAUUGUGGCUUUCAGAAAUAGAAAUGGUGUAAACUUAUUAAUUUUAUCUUCUAAGUUACUGUUUUAUAUAUGUAUAUGAAAUAUGAUAUAGAUGAUGGUUAGAAUGAUGAUGGAUGAUUGUUUAUGUGAAGAUAAGUGUUGAGGCUCUGCUAUGAUUUGAGAAUGUUUGAGCUUCAGUAAGUAUUCCAUAAGUUAACUUCAGUCCAUCAGGUCUUGCACACUGCCCAUAUGGAAGUGCUAACGUGACUUGAAGUCACUUUCUCAUUUAAUCGGUCCUAUCUUGUGCUAGUCAUUAUUGGCAGCCUUCUGAAUUGUAGUUGUUUGUAGUCUGUUCAUAACUUCCUUUACUACUCACAGUUUCCUAUUUAGGAAACAUCUACUUACUGACACUAUUUUCUACAUUUUAAGAUUGAAAAACAAACUUUAGCUGUUUUUGUAAUUCAUUGAGGAUACUUCAUGAGGCAGUGGUUUGUCACUGCUAGGGGCAUUAACCCUAUGUGGAAAAAGGAUAGAGUUGACAGCAGCAUGACCUGUGAUGGAUGCUGGAGAAGGCAAGGCAGGAUCCAUGGGAGACUGGCCCCUUGGACUACUCUGAGGCUCAGGAGCUGCCUGGCAGACUUGGGCCUUGUAGGAAUCCGCUCGGCAGGCCACCCUUGAUGGCUUCAAGGGAGCGAUGAAGAACCUUAUCCUUAAUCCUCAUGUUGAUGUUCCAGGCCCAAGGAUUUUUGGCCUCAAAGGCAGCCAUCAGGGCCAACUCCUCACCUUACAGCUCUCAAACAUUAGAGCUGCAAUCUCCUCACCAUGAAACUCGGAAGGUGCUGAGAUCUCAUGUGUAUCCUUCGUCCUUGAAAGUCGGUGAAGGUUUUCCAGCAUACCGAGCAGGUGGGGCUCCAGUUUACUAUCUCUUGCACUGCCAUAGUGGUCACUACUUAACAGAUUUGACAACUACUGAAUUAGAAAGUUGAUACUAGCAGCUAUGCUGCAUGGUGAUUGUGCAGUGGUGGGAGAGUGUUUGCCACGUUAAUUUCAAGAUCGUUUCUGCAAGUUAAAGCACAUUGCCCGGCAGGAAGCCACGAGGAGGCCCUUUCCCUUUAACUAGCUAGCUCUUGGACAAUUCACAAAUUGCAUUCUGUCAGCUAGUUACUUCCACUGGAUUAGUGCUAGUGGUGCCUACCUCUCUGCAGUGUACUCAGUAGUGUGGAAUACCAAUAUCUCUUUUAUAUUCUUUUAAGUUUUAGUCAUACUAAGUUUUGUUUGAUCUCAGUACAAUUUGCUUUAAUCUAGUCACUUGUGCUUCAUGAAAGUAAAUGCUUAUAAUAUCUCUUUUUUUUUUUUUUUUUUUUUUUUUUCUCACUGAUAUACAUUUGAAAUUGAUUGCCGCAAGCAGUUAGUCAUAACUGCUCUUCUCAUUGCAGAAAUAGGGUUUUUUUUUCUUAAACUUAUGAAUUUCACUGAUGGUUUGGUAUACACCAGUCAUCCAAGUCUGCUGAAAAAAAUAUUCUCAUAAUAUUACCUUUAUGUACCAUGAUGUUUAAGUGGGGCAUUAUAUUCUAGUAUGUAUGAACUGUGAAUUGCUUCUUUACUCAGCAAAUUUACUUUUUAGAAAUUAAGUGUUUUCAUGCCAUUGAAUACUGAAUGGCAGUUUAUAGAUAAUACCAUAUCUUCCUGAGGUGUUUUCCUUAUGUAGGCUUAAUAGAAGUAAUGAUAUCAGGUUAUUGGUUAUCUGAUAAUUAUUUUUUCCAGUGUUACCAUUUCAUCAGUAUUACCAAAUAUUUCAGUUUUUAUAGCAUGAUUAUGUUGAUUUUCUAAACUCAAAAUAAUAUGUAUAGUAAUUUGACUUAAAACGGUACUUUUCAUUAGUGGCAAGAGCAGAUUAACGUUAACUUUCAGUUUUUUCUAUAAUUUUCUAUAUUUUUGAAGAUAAAUAUAAAUAUGUAAUAAGAUUUGUAUUUAUCAAUUUUUUAUUUGAAAUAUCAAUAUUGUCAUAAUUAGUAUUGGAAAUUUGGAUUAUCAUUCUAGUAGUAAUCAUCUUAUUGGGCAAUGAUUUUAUCACUAGUUAUCGAUUAUUGGUUAUUGCCAAUGAGAUUAUUGUCAUCAAUUUAUUGGUUAUCAUGAUGAAUUUUUAUCAUUGCACCCCACUAUGUUGUUGUCUUAAUUCAAAUUAAAAAAUACAUUAUUGCCUUUAAUUUUUGAAUUUAACUUUGGGCUUACGUGUGGGCUGGACGUAGUCAUCUCCAAACAUGCUCCAUUAUAAAUGGUGUUCAUUACAACUAUAGAUUACUGUAUUUAGACGCCUUCUCAUAACUAUCUUCUUUAAGUGGAAUGUCAGCCUGGUAGUACAUACAGUAGACAAAUAGAUAGUUAUUUAGAUACUACCUGUCUGAGGAAGAAGUAAUUUUUUUCAUUUUACUGCUUUCCAGAACUUAGAAAGAGAACCAUGACCACAAAGUAUUCUCAUGUUCAGUCACCUCCUUUCCUACCAUUUAUGGCUUGAAGCUUGUAUAUUUAUUAACUUUUUGCUUAAUGAGUAAUUUUCUAAAUAAAGUUUGCUUGCCUACAAUGGAAGCAUACAAACUUUUUCAUCUAUAUAUAUAGAUUUGAGGUGAAGAAAUUCUCUUCAGUUUCUCACACACACACACAAAGAUGAUGAUGUGAAGUUCCUUGCCAUGCAAAUGCAAUAAUGGAGUUCAUAUUUGAUAUGUGACAGAUUUCAUGAUUUGCAAAUAAGCAUUGCUUCUAGAAUAUAGAAGAUUCAUUAUGUAUAUCUGUAUGCAUAAUGUGAGCUUAAGUGGCUCUGUCUCAUCACCACAGCACAAAUUAUCAAUAAAAUUGAGCAUAUAUUGUGAAACACAUGCACAUGUGCAAAGCUGCCCAUAGUUGUGGCACUUCUUAGAUCAUAUAUUAAAAUUAAACUAGAAAUUUUAAAGAUGUUCACCUUUGUUCAGUUUGAUUGAUCGUUUUCAUCCAUUUUGAAUGAUAUGCAGUCAUGUCUGCAUGUCUGAUAUGAAACAUUCUAUGUCAUUCACAAUGAUCUUGAAGAGUAUAAUAAGGUAUUCAAAUCUUUUCAUAACUCAAAUGACAAAAAUUUUACAAAUGAGUAAUUUUACAUAUUGUUCUACUUUAAUAUUUAAUAUUUUGAUACAUUUAACAUAGAUGGUUAAUGAUUUUAUAUAAAGGGCACAUUUAUCAGUCAGAAGCUUUACUACCAUAUGACAAUAUGUUCAUAUCAGUGGACUGACUUUGUAAGAUAAUGCCAGUGUCAUUCUCACAAAGAUUUAGAUAUAAGUCAUGCUUGUACUUUUUGCUAUUUCAAAAGUGUACCAUAAGUUACUCUAAGUUUUCCUGCAUUGUCUUUUCCACUCAGCAGCUGCCAAUGGAAUACUCACAUCCUGGGAUCCUAAAUUUUGUGAGGCAAAGGAAUAGGCUUUAAUAGUGUGCUGUUCAGCACUACACCUUAUGACAUUUAAACAUUUCAUGCACUGUCAUAUGAAACGCUUAAAGAGCAUGUCCAUCAUUUGAGAUGAUAGACAUUAAACAUACCAUUGCUUGCUUGUGUGGUGAGUCUUAGAUAUAUGUAGAAUUAAUGACAUUCAUUUAAAGUUAUUUAUUUAUGUAUGCCAUGAAUCUGAACACCAAUUAUACUGUCCAUAGUUUUUAAGAAGUUAAAAAUCAAAUGUAUCAUACUAAAUGAGCAGUUUGUAUGUACCUGUAAGGUACCUACUUUGUUUAUGACUUUUUUUUAAAGUUUCAUUCCACAUUCCUGCUUCAUUCCUCCUGUGGAAAAACUACAGCCUGGCCCCACACUUCACUGAGCUGGAAGAAUACUGUAAUGUGCAUCAUGAAAGACAAUUGAAUGGAACAUGAUAUGAGAAUGGCAAUCAUUCUUCACAUGUAGUUCUUCUACAACAGUGGUUCCCAACCAGGGGUCCAUGGACCCCAAGGGGUCCAUGGAAGAAUUUCAAGGGGUCCAUAGAGAUUCUACUUAUUUUUAAAUUUAUUAUACUGGAAUUAGGAGACAUGCGGCUCAGAAUAAAAUUUAUACUACUGUUCACAAUCCUUAAAACUGAAUGCUUAAAUGUUAGAAUUGCUCUACAUUAGCUAACAGUAUCAGCGGUGUCAAACUCACGGUCCAUGUGACAAAUUUGGCCCUUGGGAUGGUCAUGAGUGAAAGAUCAGAUUAUUGAAGAGAUAAAAGCAUCCCCCAUUUUUGCUAUACAGGUCGAUGAAUCCACUGAUGUAGCAAUGGCGUGCCAGCUGUUGGUAUACUGCCGAUACCUGUUCAAAGGCAUAAUAAAGGAGGAAUUUCUUUGCUGUCAAAAUCUUGAAACAUCAAGUACGGCCACUGAUGUGAUGAAUGCUGUGUCAUCGUUUUUUGACAAGCAUGGUUUGAGUUGGAAUAAUCUUGUUGGAAUCACAACUGAUGGAGCUCCAGCCAUGCUUGGGUCGAGGUCGGGUUUCCAAGCAAAAGUAAAAUCCAAAGCACCAAAUGCAGUUGGUGUGCACUGCUUCAUUCAUCGGGAGGCUCUGGCUUCUAAAUCGCUUCCUUCUGGGCUUCUCACAAUUUUCACUGGUAUUGUCAAGGUCGUGAACUAUGUGAAAACUCUGCCCUCAACACGAGACUGUUCCAGCAACUGUGUCAUGACAUGGAAUCCGAGCAUAGUUCCUUGCUCUUUUAUACAUCCGUCAGGUGGUUGUCUGCAGGAGAUUUUUGUCCCGCUUCUUCUCUCUUCGCCAGGAAGUUGAAAUGUUUCUUGAUGUACAGAAAAAAUGUGACCUGUUGGAGAUAUUGAAAUCAGAACACUUUGAGCUCCGCCUUGCUUAUCUUGUGGACAUAUUUGAAAUCUUCAACCAGCUGAACUUGAGACUCCAAGGAAAGGAUUCAAACUUGCUCAGCCACUGUGACUCAAUACAUGCAUUUUUGGCCAAAUUGGAGCUGUAUAAGAAGAGAGUGAGUGUAGGAAAAUUUAUGAUGUUUCCAUCAUUGAAUGAAGUUCUUGCUGAUGGUCAGCUUUCAAGUACCUUGUCCAAGGAAAUCAUGGACCACUUGUCUCAGCUAGAUGAUGAAUUUCGCCGUUACUUUCCUGACUUGAGCCCUCAGCAUGCAGGAUUAGCAAAAAAUCCUUUCUUAUGUCAGGUUGAUGAUGUGUUAGAAGACGCACAAGAAGAGUUCAUUGAGCUUCUCCAUGAUUCAACAGCCAAGAAUGUGUUCCAGUCAAACUCCUUGUCUAGCUUCUGGUGUUCAAUGAUGGAAUCAUAUCCAAAAAUAAGUGAUCUGGCAGUUCGAGUUCUUUUGCCUUUUGCUUCAACCUACCUGUGCGAAAGUGGGUUUUCUUCAUUACUUGCAAUAAAAACAAAAUCAAGGAACAAGCUGUCUGUGGAAGAUGACUUGAGGUGUGCACUGGCUGCCACUGAGCCAAGGAUUCAUGAGCUGGUUGCUCAAAAACAACCACAAAAGUCCCAUUGAGAAAUAUAAAGUGACAUACUUUUUCGCAACCAAUGAAAAGUUUCAUUCACUGCUGUUUUUGUGAUUUUUUGUUGUAUUCAUACAGUUUUUGUGAUUCUUUUUAUUCAUACAUGUGCUUGCAAGCUCAAAAAAGGGCAAAUAUUAUAAAGAUAGUUUUUGCACACAAUACCUACAACUAUAACAACAUUAACAUAACAUUUUUCCUAUGUGUUUUACUUAAAUCAAAAAGUGCUGAACGGAAUGUUUUCUGAUUUCAUAUAAAUAGGCCUACAUCUUAAUCAGCAUAACAAUGGAAGGCAUUUUACAUUAAUAUAUUCAUUUCUUGCAGAAAAAUCUUUUAUUAAUUUUCUUGGCUUAACCUAUUUCGUUGUAGGGGGUCCACAGGUGAAACAAUGACUGGAAAAGGGGGAACGGGACAAAUAAGGUUGGGAACCGCUGUUCUACAAUAAGACAGGUUGCUCUCCUUUGAAGAAAAUCACAGAGUAAAAAAAAAGCCCCCUGCUGCUCACAGGGAAUAUAAUAACAGUGUUCUUCCAUAUCUGUAGUGUGUCAGGUUAUCUCUUUCUUUCACAUGCUCAUGAUUUCAUUCUGUACCUUAAUAUUUUAAGAUAAUUAUUCAAUAGCUAGUUUUUACAUAAAGCAUCUCUAAUUUAUACUUUUCUAGUUCAGUUUCAAACAUUCAUCCAAUGUGUGUUGUAAAGACAUGAACAAAAUGCAUAUAGGAUGAAGAAAUCAUUUAUGUAUUCAAUGACCUCAUUUUAUUGAUUAUGAAAAAUGGCUAUGCUUCAAUAAAGCUUUAAAGGAGA